AUGGCAGGCGAUUUACUCCGUCGCCGGUAUUUUCUCUCAUUUCGUCCUACUGGUCGAUUGAGCAUCUCGAAAUUCUCCGUGUACUUUAUAGAAGGCUGUUGUCGUGUACACUGUGGAUUCUUAAAACUUCAUUUCUGGAUUCCUCAAACCAAUUCCGGAUGGGAUGGCGGAUCUGCGGCAACCACAUUGAGGUUCUCAGUAGAGGGUCCUGGUGGUGGUCCCAACUAA